CAUAACCAACAACCCGCCUGGUGGUACAGGACCGUACUUCCGGCUACCCUGGAGACUGCCGGUCACAAAUUCAAGUCAGCCUGGGCUAUGGCAGAAUCCAAAACUAAGAAGCCUGAAUUUGCAGCCCGGACUUUGCCUCUAUGGUUAUGUGGAAGCUUGCCUUCCUGGCCACACCUGGAGUCGAAGCCCGUUUUUCCGGAUACUGUCACCCAGAUCUAAACGAACCGAGAAAGUUAGGAGAACUCGAGGGGACUUGGAGAGGUGAGGGUCCUAGGGGAACCCAGAGACCGGGAGGUGGAGGUGAAGGAGAAGAACCAAGAAGACAGACAAACAUCAGUUGAUUGAAGGUGAGAAAGAUAGGGAAUAGUGCCCUGAGCAAAGGCUGGUCUGCCUCAACCAGUCUUCCAGCAAGUGUGGCCACAAAAGCAGGUGUCUUCGACCCCAUAUAUCUGAGGACUGCUCCCUGACCUGGGAGACCCAGCCUCUCCACUUCUACUACAAGAGCCCAGCAUGUGGAACUACAUGUACUUGCUGCCAGUCUUCCUAGUUCUGUGGGCUACGGCUGGCAUCUGGAUUGUCUUUGCAAUUGCGGUGGCUAACGGGACUGUGGACCUCCGGAAAGGCUUCCCCUUUAUCAGUAAAUGUGGGUCUUACGCUCCCCAGAGCUGCAUUUUCGGCCAAGUCCUCAAUAUAGGAGCUGCUCUAGCUAUUUGGAUCUGCAUUGUGCGUUAUCAUCAACUCCGGGACUGGGGAGUCAAAACGUGGCAGAACCAGUUGAUUCUGUGGACCGGGCUCCUCUGUGCCCUGGGAACCUCCAUAGUAGGCAAUUUCCAGGAGACUAACCAGAAGGCCACACACCUGGUAGGGGCCUUUCUGGCCUUCAUCCUGGGCAACCUGUACUUCUGGCUACAAUUCUUUCUGUCCUGGUGGAUGAAGGGCCUGCCCCAACCCGGGCCUCGCUGGAUUAGGUGUCUACGCCAGAGCAUCUGCGUCCUCUCCACCAUCCUCAUCGUGGCCAUGAUCAUCCUGUACUCCCGACGUAUGCGAUCCGCCUCCGCCGCCUGCGAGUGGGCCGUGGCCAUGCUGCUCUUCGUCCUCUUCGGCUUCUUUGCCGUGGACUUCUCCACCUUGCGUGGCUGCACCCUGCAGCUCGAGCCCCGACUGGACUCCAGCCUCCCGCAGCCUGACGCUGAGUCUCCAAAGACACAGACGUCUCAGGUGCUCUGACUAGGCCCCCGACUGUUGCUGGAGGAAGAAAGAGGGGGCCGGGCCGGCUCACACAAGGAUGACCCUGAGGCUGCAGCAGCGGACAGCCAGAUGAUGGAUGCGCGGCCGGGUGGGCUUGCGCUCACCACUCAGAGAGGC